AUUGCUUAUAAAACUACGCACUAAGUUAAAUUUUUUUAGAAAAUUUAAAAAAUGAGGUUAUUUUACGGCAUUUUUGUAUUAGUUUUUUGCAUUGGACAGUGCUAUAGUCACGAUCCGCUUUCUUUGAUUGAUGGCGUCAAUGCCACCGAGGGAGAAUUCCCUUAUAUGGUAUCUCUACGUUUGGGUAGGAUUAUAGGAGAACAUGCCUGCGGAGGUUCCAUUAUAGGGCCAACGUGGGUUUUGAGUGCGGCCCAUUGCAUGAGUUUAUAUGCCGUCAGGUUCGGUACGAUCAAAUUGAACAAUUAUAAAACCGAUCCUGAAUACACAAUGAAAAUAAAAAACUAUUAUCCGCAUCCCGAUUUUGACUUGAUCAGAGUUAAUAGAACUUGGGGGUACCCCAUAAACGAUAUCGCCCUAUAUGAGCUGGAAGAGCCUUUACCGUACGGUCCCAAUGUACAACCAAUUAAGCUAGCAGCCAAAGAUCAAACUAUUCCAUAUAAAAAGAUGGGAAUUUUUGCUGGUUGGGGAUACACCUCGAAUUGGGGGGAUUCUUCAGAUAUCUUGCAAAAAAUCAAUAUAACCCUCUACGAACCUGAUUACUGCAUUCAUAAUUCUAUGGAUAUCUAUCAGAACGACGGUACCGACAUCUGUGCAGGUUCCGAUAAAAAAGGACGGGGCGUUUGCUAUACAGAUUCGGGUGGUCCAUUUGUCGUGGAUGGCAUUCAAUAUGGAGUUCUAUCCUGGAUGACGGUCCCUUGUGGCAGCCACGUAGUCGGUUUCAGCAACAUCGUGCACUUUAGAGAUUGGAUUUUUAGCAUUUCAGGCAUUUAAACAAAAUUACCUUAUAUUAUGAAUAAAGCAUUAAAAACC